AUGACUGCAACUGUCGUAGACCAACCCGAUAAGCAACAAAAUCAGCAACAAGAUCAAGAGCAUACUUCGAAGCAGCAUUUAUCAGAACAACUGCAACCAGAACAUGAUAUUAUUAUUGCAUCGAUGGAAGGUACCGAUGACGAAGUUGCUGUUGCAGUUUUGCGUGACAUUUCCACCGAUGAAAGCUAUCAAACAACCGUGGAAAAUGAUCCAAAGAAUGAGCAAAAUUAUUCUGGAAGAAUUCCAGAUCACGGGGUUCUUUCGGCAAGUUCAUCACAUGCAAAAACAAAGAAAUCACGUAGAAGGAGGGGUGGAAAAGGACGCUGGAAACCAUACCGCACAUCGCUGAAGGAAAAAAUUGCCCAGGAAGAGAAGGAAGAACGAAAUGCAGUAGAAAAGCGAGAAAGACUGUUUUCACGUGGUAAGCCUAUGGCACCGUACAAUACGACGCAAUUCCUAGUGGAAGAUCAUGAGAAGCGUACGAUGCCGCCAGAUGUCAGCGAUUCGUUACCUGCGAUGGUUGCACAUCAACGGCAAUCUACAGGAGUAUUUUCACCAGCUCGUGAAAGAUGUGGUACCAUUGGUCAGUCAGGAUCUGAAAUGGGUGGUAAUACAACCGACAGUGCAAGUUAUUCAGGUGCAGAAGAUGAUGAGAUGGAGCGGCAAUUUGAUGCUGAUUAUGAUUAUGUCAAUAUGGAGCGCAUCAGUAAUAUGACUAAAGAUGAUGUUGCACGAGAAUAUAUGCAUUUGGAAAAGAUUAACGGUAAACUAGCGGAUCGCGUGAGUUUCCUACAGUUAGAAAAUGAUAAAUUGAAGCAAAUGUUAAAAGACCAUAAUAUUUCUUAUGAAGAUGUAUUACCAAAAAUACGACGACAUAGUGGUACAUCGGUUUCGGAAGCGGGUGAUGUGGUACGCAAAAGCGUAGAUGAAGCCAUGGGCAAUGGCAGACAGUAA